AUAUUUAACGAAUUUGGAAAAAGGAUGGAUUUUGAUAGAACCGAGAGCGAUAUAGACUAUUCCUGUGUUGCUGGUUGGUUUAAUUUCAUUGCUUUAUUAUUUCUAGUUUUUAUUAAUAAUCCGUCUCUGGAUCUCCAAAUUUCCUCGUUUGAUUCUCUCUCUCUCUACGAAUUUCGUAUUCAGCAAUUCGUUUCGCAAUCACGCCUGUCUCUAUAUAUCGUGUUCGUGUUAUUGCAUUACAUGGACCUCACAUGCGCGUCAAAUUCCUCGCCUUUUAAUUUUGUUUUGUUUCCUUUCCUGCCAAGAUAGGGAGGGGAAGGAUUUCGUUAGUUUUCUUGUUGGAACCCUAGCUUUUGGGGGGCGCAAUCUUGAUUUUUAGGGUUUCUGGCUGCCGAUUGAUACCAAAUGGAUGCUGGUUCCGAAGGGGAGAUGAAUAGGAACAUGAAUCACAGCCCGUCCGAGGGCUCUAAGCGCCCCAAGCGCCAGAUGAAGACGCCGUUUCAGUUGGAGAUGCUUGAGAAAACCUAUGCCAUGGAGACGUAUCCCUCUGAGGCAACCCGUGCUGAACUGUCAGAGAAACUAGGUUUGACGGAUAGGCAGUUGCAAAUGUGGUUUUGUCAUAGGAGACUGAAGGAUAAGAAGGAAUCGGUGGGUGUGGCAUCCAUAAAACCACGCACUCCUGGACCUGUUGGAAGGAAGGUAUUUGUUGAGUCCCCAAGAGAAGAACUGAUGACAGCUGAACCCGGCAGUGGACAUGUCUCUGGUUCUGGUUCUGGUUCUCCCUCUGGCUCUGGAUCAGGUUCAAGUCAGUAUGAUGUUGGAGAUGGUACGCCUAUGGUGCCUACUAGGUAUUACGAGUCACCUAGAUCUAUCAUGGAGCAUAGAGUGAUUGCAUGUGUAGAGGCACAGUUGGGAGAGCCCUUGAGGGAGGAUGGACCAAUUCUUGGAGUGGAAUUUGAUGAAUUGCCCCCUGGUGCAUUUGGUGCACCUAUAGUUCAAGUGGAGCACGAAGACAGAUACAGACAUUCUUAUAAUAGCAAGUUAUAUGGGCAAUACGAUGCAAAGCACAUCAAAAAUCUUGAUUAUCAGGCUGCAUCAAGUGGCCCUCAUGAAGCAUUGGAGACCAAGAUUAGGACUGAUGCAUAUGGACAUGUCACUAAGCCAUACCUAUAUGACCCAGCCGUAGAUGGUCCUCCCCCAAAAGGUUUGUCGCUUAAGCAUGAAAAUGGGCUUCUCUCCCUGGAGCAUGUCGUUGAGGGUCAAACCUCAAGAACAGAUCUGUAUGCUCAGCCAGGCAGACAAAUGCAGCUUUCCUUGUCUCCCAGGACUACAGAUUUUGGUACACCAAAUGAUACUAAUGUUUACAUAGAGAGGAAACGCAAGAGUGACGACUCUCGAAUCGGAAGAGAUGUUCAAUCCCAUGAGAAGAAGAUUCGUAAAGAACUUGAGAAACAAGAUGUGUUAAAGCGAAAGAGAGAGGAGCAGCUAAGGAAAGAAAUGGAGAGACAAGAUCGUGAAAGAAGGAAGGAAGAACAACGACUUUUGCGAGAGCAGCAGAAACAGGAGGAGAAAUUUCAGCGUGAGGAAAAGCGUGAAAUGGAACGGAGGGAAAAAUUUAUGCAGAGGGAACUUAUGCGGGCGGAGAAAAGGCAACAGAAAGAAGAGCGUCGCAGAGAGAAGGAAGCAGCAAGACAGAGAGCUGCAGUGGAGAGAGCGACAGCUAGGAGAAUUGCUAAAGAAUCCUUGGAGCUAAUAGAGGAUGAGCGUCUGGAACUAAUGGAAUUGGCUGCUUCAAGCAAGGGGCUACCUUCAAUUCUGUCUCUUGAUUAUGACACUUUACAGAAUCUUGACUUAUUCCGAGAUGCGUUGUGUGAAUUCCCUCCAAAGACUGUAAAGUUGAAAAAGCCUUUUGCAAUUCAACCUUGGAUGGAUUCAGAGGAAAAUGUUGGGAACCUCUUGAUGGUUUGGAAAUUUUGCUUGACAUUUGCAGAUGUUAUCGGGCUUUGGCCUUUUACCCUCGAUGAAUUUAUACAGGCUUUUCAUGACCAUGAUUCAAGACUACUGGGUGAAGUACAUACCGCACUUCUAAAGCUUAUCAUAAAAGAUAUCGAAGAUGUUGUGCGAACUCCUUCAGGUGGGCCAGGUACAAACCAAUAUAGUGCUGUUAACCCUGAAGGUGGACACCCUCAUAUUGUUGAAGGGGCAUAUUUGUGGGGUUUUGACAUAAGAAACUGGCAGAAGCACUUAAAUCCAUUGACAUGGCCUGAACUAUUACGGCAAUUUGCUCUAUCAGCUGGUUUUGGUCCACAGUUGAAGAAAAAGGCCAUUGAUCGAGUUUCCACGAAUGAUCAUGACGAGAGUAGAGGUUGUGAAGAUAUUGUGUCUACGCUAAGAAAUGGUUCAGCAGCUGUUAAUGCUGUUGCUAUUAUGCAAGAAAAAGGACUCAGCCUCCAACGCAAGUCAAGGCACCGGUUGACUCCAGGAACAGUUAAAUUUGCAGCUUAUCAUGUCCUUGCUCUUGAAGGAAGCCAAGGGCUAAAUGUUAUCGAGCUUGCUGAGAAGAUUCAAAAAUCUGGACUUCGUGACUUGACAACGAGCAAAACACCCGAAGCUUCAAUAUCUGUUGCCUUGUCGAGAGAUCCAAUACUUUUUGAAAGAAUUGCACCUUCGACAUAUUGUGUGCGACCGGGUUAUAGAAAGGAUCCUGCUGAUGCUGAAUCAGUUAUUUCUGCAGCCAAGGAUAAGAUACUGAGAUAUGCAAAUGGUUUCUUAGCUGAUCAAAAUGCUGAUGAGGAAGAAAGGGAGGAUGAUUCAGAAAGUGAUCUCGCGGAUGGUACAGAAGUUGAUGCUCUAGCCAUCCCUUUGGAUGCAGAUAAAAAUGGUGCAUGUAAUCAAGUUGUCUCUGGUAAUGGUAAAGGCAAGCUUCCUGAUGAUGGCUUACCGCAAAAUAAGAUUGCUACAGCUGUCUAUGCAGUUACUAAAGAGACUAAUCCAGACCAAGAUGUUGAGAUUGAUGAAAGCAAAACAGGCGAACUCUGGGUCCAAGGGCUCACUGAAGGAGAAUAUUCUGAUUUGUCUGUCCAAGAGCGUCUUAGUGCCCUUGUUGCCUUGAUUGGUGUUGCUAAUGAAGGAAAUUCAAUUCGUGUAAUUCUUGAGGAUCGCAUGGAUGCUGCAAAUGCUCUUAAAAAACAGAUGUGGGCUGAAGCACAGCUUGAUAAAAGGCGAAUGAGGGAAGAAACUAUUAACAAGUUGUACGAUUCUUCUUUCAAUACUAUCACAGAGGGUGGUUUAAGUCCACUUGCUGCAGAAAAUAAAGUUUAUGAUCCAUCCCUUUCCACUUUGGGGAAGGAUGAGUCUUCUGUUACCGGAGAGGGUGUUCACAAUACCAUGGAUAAUCCAGACACUUCCAUGGGUCACUUUGUUUCUCCUGCUCAGCAGAAUGGAAAUAUUACAGAGAGGUCAAGGUUGCAGCUAAAAUCUUAUAUAGGUCAUAGAGCAGAAGAGCUAUAUGUCUACAGGUCAUUGCCUUUGGGUCAAGAUCGAAGCAGAAAUCGUUAUUGGCAGUUUAUAGCUUCAUCUUCCUGCCUUGAUCCUGGUUCGGGGAGAAUUUUUGUUGAAACCCCCAAUGGCUGUUGGAGACUGAUUGACUCUGAGGAGGCAUUUGAUGCUCUAUUGACAUCUUUGGACACUCGGGGGACAAGAGAAUCUCAUCUGCAUAUAAUGUUGCAGAGAAUCGAAGUCUGUUUCAAGGAAAGUGUUCGAAGGAAUCGUUUGUCCCAGAAUGGGGACGCAGAUCGACAAGGAGAUGUUGAACUAAAUUCUAGCUUUGCUUUUGAAAGUGCUGAGAGUCCUAGCAGUGCAGUUUGCACUACCAGUUUUGAUGCACUAGAACCAUCACUUUCAUUCAGAACUGAAGUAGGCAAGAAUGAAAAGGAGAGCAAUAACUUCAUGAAGAGGUAUGAAGACUUACAGAACUGGAUGUGGAAAGAAUGCUUGAACUCAUCCAUUGUACGCGCCCUAGAAUAUGGAAAGCAAAGGUGCUCACAAUUAUUGGGAAUUUGUGACAUUUGCUUUGCUACUUAUGCUGAGGACUGUUGCCCUUGUAGCCACUGGGAUCAAGGGAUGAUUGUGACAAAAGGACAUUUUCCUGUGCAAUUUAAUGGUGAAAAUAAUUUGAUGGAUGGGAGAAACAGUCCACUGAGAAUCAGAUUGAUCAAGACCAUUCUAAUUUCACUUGAGGUUGCUGUUCCCUCUGAAGCCCUUCGUUCUUCUUGGACUGAAGACCUUAGGAAUUCUUGGGGCGCUGAGCUCCAGAACACUUCGUGCAUUGACGGUCUCCUACAGGUCCUUAAUCAGUUAGAGGCUGUCAUAAAACGUGAUUACCUAUCAGCAGAUUAUGAAACAACUGAAGAAUUAUUGUGUUUUUGCGAUUCAAGAUCUGCUGUUAACAAAUCUAAUCACCCUGGAUCCGUAACCCAACUUCCUUGGAUACCAAAAACUACUGCUGCUGCAGCUCUGAGGCUUUUCGAGCUGGAUGCAUCCAUCUUCUACACCCCAAGUCAGAAAGCUGAGUCUCAUGUUGAAAAGAAAGUGGAAGCUCUUCCCAAUUUGUCAUUAAGAUAUGGUCACUCCAAAGACAUCCAGAGGGCUGAGUCCAGGGGAUUCGAUAGAUAUGGAUCUCUGGAGGAAAAUUGGGAUCAUCUUCGUGGCAUUCCAGGUAGCUCCGGUUACAGGCAGGUGGCUCGUAGUAAAGGAGGUCGGCCGCGUGGAAAGUCACAGAAAGGGGUCACUAAUUCUGCACCGUCUGGCAAGAGGAGCAUGAAACAAGGUGAUACGUUAACUCAAUUCCUUCUGCAGCAGGGAAUGAGUGGACCUGGGCAGAAGCAACGUGGUCCCCGGACUGUGAGGAGGAGGAGACCAGAGAAGAAAGUCGUUGCAGAGAGUAAACUGGAUGACUCGUAUGACAAAGACACCUUCAUGAAUGCCAUAGAGGAGCCAGAAAGUUUUGGCAAGGAGGAGGAUGCACGUGAUUUUAGUGCUAGAAUGAACGAAGGUGAAAAUGAUGACAGUAGCAACAACAUUGAUGGGGACUCCGAUGAUAAUGUAGACAAUGAGUCCUAUCACUAUAGAAAAUGGGGAGCAACUACCUAUAACACCAUCUCUCACAGAAGCACCGAGCUGGCAGCAAUGAGCGAAGAUGAAGCUGAUGAGACUGAUGAUGAACAUGGUUAUGAGGAGGAUGGUGAGAAUGUAGGGGAGGGUGUUCAAUUUAACGACGAGUACUCUGACCAAGAUGGAGAAGGUAACCAGGAUGAUGGUUCUGAAUCGUUAGCUUCUGGUGAUUACAGCGAUGAUGACUGAACUGACGUAGUAGUAGAAAUUCUUUUUAAUUUUUUUGGCAAUUCUUUAGAGAUUCAGCAAUCGAAUGAGAUUGUCUGGUGUAAAAUUAUAGAGGAACAAGGUAUUUCUCCUGCGUAGGGUGUUGAUAUUAAUUAGGAAUACAAAAAAAAAAAAUUUGUUAGAAAUGUCGAAUGACAAUACUAGUUCCAUUUCUUGAGCUAUCAACUUACACUAUUGUAUCCUC